GAGAGAGAGAGAGAACAAAAUCGAGGUUUUGAUGUUAUUCUGAUUGAUGCUCGAUUUCAACAUGUUCUUCCCCAAGAAAAUUGAUCCGGAAACAAUGGAUAUAUUUGCAGAAGAUUUCUCCCUUGAGAAAUUCGACAUCGAUUUCGAAUUCGACAUCGAUUUCGAAUUCGACGCUCCUCGAUUCUACGAUUUCUCCAAACCUGAACUCGAUUCAGAAACAGAGGAAACAGAGCUUUGGUUUCAAUCAGCUGGAAACUAUCCUCCUUCACCAUUUAGCAUACAUUUGAGAUACGAAGAAAAACAUCUUGAGAUCCCUAAACCCGUCUCAGAUCAAUACAAUGGGUUUAUAUAUAAUAACCAAGCUCCUAAAGAUGUUCCCAAGGCGACGCAUAAGUCUAAAACCAAAACUUAUUUACGAAAGAACUCAACUUUAACGAGACCCACUGCUUCUUUGUUGGCAAGACAGAAUAAACCUCUCGAUAUUUACUCUGUUCGGCUUCUCACAAGAUGUCAGCGGUCAUUAGGAAAGUGUGAUGACAAGUUCUCAUCUCACUUAUAUUCAAUGCCUCAAACCCAAGAUAACAAAAGGCAAAAACUCGAAACCGGCUUCUUGCGCAAGGUUUCACGGCUGGACCAAACUCCUUUUUUACAUAAAGUUCCAAAGAAGGGGUCCAAAGUCACUGUUCCAAGAGAGCCUAACCUCAAGACUGCCCAAAGAGCUGCAAGAAACCGGUUUAAGGCUAACUCAGCACCCGAGCAGAUUGCAAAAUUCAUCUCUAAUAUGAAUAAAACAGUUCAAGGAACUACUUCACCAUCUUUGCCUAAGAAGAAUACGCCUCACCACCCCCAAGAUCUACAGGCAUUUCAUCUAAGGACAUCUCUUAGAGCGAGGGAACGCUCUUCCAGUGCUAAAAUUGCACCAACCGAUGAUUCUAAACACUCCUUAACGUCAAAGUCCGUUGGUUCCAUGAAGGGUAUGAAGGUCAAGGCGUCUCGCAGCUCAAAUUCCAAUUGUCAAGUUUAUGGACCUAAGAUUUGCCCUCUAGACUCAAAGGUGAUGCAGACAUCAAGCAAAUGCGGUGAAGCAAUCGAUAUCAAACAUGAAAACAAUCUUCUGAGGUUUAUUGAAGGAAUUUGAAGCUCCAAUGAACACAAAUUUUCGAGAUGAACCAUUUAUUGAAUCUCUUAGAAAACUAUGUCUCACGUCAGAUACUGAUCCAGUCGGGGUACUUAUAGAUUAGUUGCUUCUCUUUACUCUCUUGUAUCUCAUCGACAUAGAGAUUUUUCGAGACAUAUAUCGUGCUUGUACAAAUUAGAUGUGCGAAAGCUUAUACUAACAUGAAGUCCAAUAUUCAUCAAUAGUACUAAGUGUUAAGUCAAUGACUACUUUCAAUCCUGCAUCAGUACACAGAAAGAUGUGCUAGGGGGAAACAAUGUACCUGUAAAAAUGAAUUAAACAUCUGUUACCAACAGCUGAUUAAGCUCAGUUUCUAGCUCGGACCAGCUCGUUAAGCUUCUGAAUUUCUUUUCUUAUAAUAGAAAUUUCUGCCAUCAUUGGAUGAUACUUCCCUUUGGCAAAAUCAUAUGGUUUAGUAAAGUUAACUAAGAAGUG